AUGAGCUCUUCCGCCAUCCAGAUCUCCGCACCGCCCUCCGGCCCUCGUCCGAUCGAACCGUCGUCGGUGCCCGAUCUCACCCUGGACAUUGUCCGGUGCUCUCGCUGCCAGCAAUCGCUCAGUCUAGCGAGCCACUCGACCGCCUCGGGGGUCGUUCAGUUCGGCAUGAACUCCUACUACUGCCACCGAUGUGCCUCCAAAGUGGGCUUCCUCCGUUGA